AUGUGGCUUAUGGAGGGUACAACUGUUCUAUCAUCACUUGAACAUAUUCGAAUGGAUGGAGCUAGCAGUUCGGACAGCUAUCUUAGCCUUCUUCGCCGAUCACCACGUUUGAAAUCUUUUCAAGCGAACUUUUGGCUCGAAUCUUACAAAGAUUCAUCAUCACCGAUUUAUACACACGAUGUCCUUACCAAUUUACAUUUAAGAUUAGGUUGGAAAUUUCAUAUGUCAACAAUCAUAUAUUUGUUUCAGUCAACACCUCGAGUACGUAAACUUACUUUCACGGCAUCCAAAAAUCGUCAUUAUACAGUUGUCGAUCCACAUUGGUGGGAGAGUGUUUUGAGCAAGUACUUCCUGGAACUCAAGUGGCUCUGUUUACGACUAUCUUCAGACACUAAUCAUACACCGCCUAAUCCAGAUUGGCCAGUCGAUUUGGACGAGCACACAGUACGACAGCAAAUCGAGGCAUCUCCAUAUUGGCAUGCUCACACUUGGAAGUUAAAGUAUGAAAAGCAAAUGCCCACGGCUGAACAUAAUUAUCAUUGGGCUGCGUUCUCAGUUAGCUAA